CUCACUAUUGGUUACCCAUAUUUUGUUGUCAACCAUAUGACUUUUAUUCCUAUCCAUCAACCCUUGCGAGAAGAAAUUACUGUUUUCCACUUGGUCCCACAAGAAAACCUCACAUAUUUUGGAGCCUUCUUUCCAAAAGAAAACAGGAGGGCGACAUGGCUACAACCGAGGAAUAUGAGGAGACGGUGCCAAUGAAUGGCAUGGUGUCCAUGUACACUUGCAAAAGAUGCAACAAGAUAUUCCCUUGCAAGCGCGACCAGCUUUUACACAAAAAGGAAGUCCAUUCACAAACCAAGUCAUCGUACGAAUGCAAAAUGUGCCAGAAAUAUUUCUGCAAUAGCGGCAAUUUGGAACGCCACAUGAAGGUGCACAACGAUGUGCGCCCCUUUGUCUGUCGCAUCUGCGGCAAGGCAUUUGCCCAGUCAGUGAAUUUAAAUCGCCACUAUUCCGUGCAUAAUGGCGAACGACCAUAUCAGUGUUCUUUUUGUACAAAAUCAUUUACCCAGCAAUCCAAUAUGCAGCGUCAUCAGCUAACCCACACGGGAGAGAAACCAUUCCGUUGUAAACGUUGCGGCCGCUACUUUUCGCAACGGGUUAAUCUUAAGAAACACAUUAUGGGUCAUUUGAACACGAAACCCUAUUCCUGUAGGAUUUGUGAGAAAUCCUUCAUACAACUGGGCAAUUUUAAAAAGCAUUUGCAUUCACAUGUCAAGGAGGGUAUGGACAUCGAUAUGAAGGCAACCAUUGAAGAGGCCCAGGCCAUUGCAAAACAAAAUCUAGAAUUAGCUGAUGAACAGCCAGUGGGGUUUGAAUGUGCCGUAUGCCGUUCCGUUUUUAACAAUUUCACCGAUUUCGAAAUGCAUGAAGGCGAAUGCAAUGAAAAUGCCCAAUCGGCCCUUGAGCAGAAAUUCAACCCAGACCAGAUCCAUGAGGUGAUUGUUGAAGAAACUUCCGAACAUGUCGAUGAUCAUAUGUUACCCAUUGAGACGGGUGCAAGUUUGGGCACCUAUGCUCCCUUGAAAUUUAGUGUAUCCCAAUUGGAUACUCAUGAAAUUAUCAUUGAGACCAGCCGAUAAAAAGGUAAACAAACAAACAAUCACAGAGACAUACACAAACACAGGCAGAGCAGAGACAUAUACCAAGUACGUAACACACAGAUGUACGUAAAUAUGAACAGGUUUGGGAGCCAAGCCAAAGAGGCGCGCAAAAAUCCAUAUUUUUGCCGUCUUUGUAAUUUUUUUUCUUGUUUAGUUCAAAUAAUUUUAAAAAUUAAAGUAAUAUUAAUUCAAUAAAAAAACAAUGAAUAAAAUAAUAAUAAAGAAUGAAGAAAAAUAUUCAUUAAAUAAAAA